AUGGGAAUGACGAGCGGCAAAUGGAUGCUGUUCUCGAAUCCAUCUGAUCUAGCUCGCGUUUGGCGAAUCGUUGCUACUGCGACUGCAGAUGGCAAGCUUGGCCCUGUCUCAAAGGUUGGUACCCUGGGUCCUGCCGAGCCGAGCACACUCGUCUGCAUAUACACUUACGACUUCAGUGACUUCGAAGACGUUCGUCGCGUUCUUCAAGAGAUUGUUGACCUUGGGCUUUGUCACGCCGAUGGCAAGCCGCUGUACUACAAGUGCGAUGCAUACACCCACUUGGCCAUGUCGUCUGGCAAUCCAUACAAGCUAAGAGCCAGUCUGUAUUCGAGUAAGGAGAUCUUGCACAAUGAUGUGAAAGCGCUGGAGGGUGGUCCAGUAGCGAGAAUGAAGAAACCCACCGACAAGAAGAUGACCGACUUCUUCCAGAUGUUCGCAGGCGAUGGCGCUUUGUAG